CAACGGGCAUGGACAGCGACAACGAGGUUGACGCGUUCGCCGCGCUCCUCGAGACCGACGACGGUGUGCGCACGCUUGUGCGCUACAUCCAAACGCCAAGCGAUGCAGACGCUGACGACGCGGUCAACGCGCUCGCGCUCUUCUCGGACCAUGGCACCAACGAGCGCAUUGCACGCCUCUUGCAGGACGUCAAGCUCGUGGAUACAUUGCUGAGCCAUGCAAGCCUUGGCGACGUCGAGGAGGACUUGCACCUGCCUAUCUGGCGGUGCUUGGCCGCCUGGGCCCACGGCGCCGCCCCGCUCGUGCCGGCGCUCUGGGCCGCCCGGUCCUCGCUCGUCCAGCAGUCGUUCGCACUGCGUCACGCCUCGCUCUCGACGACCUCUCUUGUGAGUGCCACGUUGACGUCGCUCGUGGCGUCGAUCGGCUCAACGCUGCAGCCGCGCCCAGACAAACUCUUUUGCGGGCUCGUGGACGCCGACGCAAACGGCUUUUGCGACCUCCUCAAGCAGUACUAUGUCUUUGGCGGCAACACUGGCCUCCUCGACCUGAUCCGGCGCGUCCUCUCGACCAAAGCGGAAGCCAAGGCUCUCUGCAGCAGCGGCCUUCUCCGGCUCUGGGGACGCGAGUGGCAUCAGCAGCACGACACGACCUUUGGUGCCAAGUGGACUGCACUGCUCUCGCACCUCGCAGAGGUCUUGCACCCGCAGCGCCCGAUUCUCUACUCGGGCAGCGACGGCGACAGCCAGUGGGCCAGCGCCUUUCUCGCACUGGCGCUGAGUCCGCUCAAGUGUGUUUGGAUGGAGAUGGCGCCGCUCGUGCUCGAUGCACUCGGCACUGCCACGUUGGCGCCGGUGCUCCAGUCGCACCCCCACUGCCACGGCGCGCUGCUUUGGCUCUUGUCCAAACCCGACGCGAUUCCUUCUGCAACAACCCGCGCCGAGCUCGAGGCCAUCGCGAUCGACUGCGAAAUGGCCAACCGCGUGGCUCUGCCAACGCUCGAGAUUGGCCUCGCACUCCCCGAGGCCCUCGCAAUGGCCACGUCGCUAAAAGCCAGCGGCAACCGCUGGUUCAGCCUGGGCAAUCAUGCGGCUGCGCGGCAGUUCUACCGCCUCGGUCUCUCGACGCUCAAGGUGGCGGCGGCCACGGCGCGUCAAGCGCUCUCAACGCCGACGACAACCACCGCCUUGCCGGUUGGCGCGUGCGUUGAAGUGCGUCAAGGUGACGGAACCCGCUGGCCGGCAAUGGUCAGCGACGUCGAUGGCCCCACCCGCGUCGAAGUCAUUUACGACGCGUCGGGCGAUGACGACACUGUGGACCUCUCGCGCUGCCGCCUCUGCCUCUCGUUCUCGGAUCAAAGCGCGCUGAGCGCCCUUCAAGUCGCGCUGUGCAUGAACUUGGCCAAGAGCCUCUCGCAUCUGCGCAUGGUCCCCGAGGCCAUCGAGUGCCUCCAUUUUGGUCUCGAGCUCGCGCCCGACCAUUUGCCUGCGCUGUACCUGCGAGGACUGCUCCACAUGCAAACGCUGCAGCUCAAGCCUGCGAAAGACGAUUUUUUCCGCGCCAACAAGAUGGCGGGCGAGCGCAAGGACAAGGCGACGCAAGUGCAGAUCCACAAGGCGUGGAAGCGCCUUCAGGUGCUCACGACGCAGCGCAAGAAGGCCGACAAGAAGCUCAUCAAGGACAUGAUGGCGUACCUCGACACGCUCGCAAUUGACGGCGAGUAGGAGGCUUCUUUUAUAAAGCAUGCAGCCCUCUUGUUAUCGUCGGGUAGUCGCAGGGGACCGAUAAUGCAUAGCCACUCGUUGUCGUGGGCGA